UGUGUUCUAGCGAGGGUUUGGGUCAGCAGGGCCCGGGAGGGACCUCGGGGGGUGGCGCGCACCAGGAUGGUCCACCCCUGCGCCCCGUGGUGCAGUCCAAGAUGGCGGCCACCAUGAAGAAGGCGGCUGCAGAAGAUGUCAAUGUUACUUUCGAAGACCAACAAAAGAUAAACAAGUUUGCUCGAAACACGAGUCGGAUCACGGAGCUGAGGGAGGAGAUAGAAGUGAAGAAGAAACACCUUCAGAAUUUAGAAGAUGCUUGUGACGACAUUAUGCUGGCAGAUGACGACUCCUUCAUGAUCCCGUACCAGAUCGGAGAUGUUUUCAUUAGCCACUCUCAAGAAGAAACCCAGGAGAUGUUGGAAGAAGCAAAGAAAAAUUUGCAAGAAGAGAUCGAUGCCCUAGAGUCCAGAGUGGCAUCCAUCCAGCGGGUUUUAGCCGACCUGAAAGUGCAGUUAUAUGCAAAAUUUGGCAGCAACAUAAACCUUGAGGCGGAUGAGAGCUGAACGUUUUAUAAUACUUUUUUUUUUAACCUUGUUUAAUAAACUUGAAUAUUGUCUUAAAUGAUAAUUCCCCUUCUUCAAAUGAAACGAAAGGAAAACUUUCUUUUUAAAAAAUUUUCAUUUAAUUAAUGGAAAUUUGCCUAUUUUCACAUGUCUUGCUUAUUUAUUUUAUAUUUUUAAAAGAAGACAGUAUUCAUGUAUGUAUUUUGCAUAAUGAUUUUAUCAACUUUAGGGGCUUUAUGUCAUGUUAUUAAAACCAGUUAAACGGUC